AUACUACUCGGUAAAGAAGAAGCACGACUCAGAUGUCAAAACAAGCUCGUUUCUAGGUCAACAUUCAUAUCUCUAGCACUGGAGAUGAUUUCCCAUUGCUCUCUAUGGUGUGGCCGGCAAUACAGUAUAAAGUUACAAUAUUUUUUUCUUUUUUGUUACAAGUGACACAAUAUUCUCGGUUUCUUCGACAAGUUCAAUUGUUUGAGGAAACAGAUACAGAUUUGUCAGAAAAUGAGUCAAGCAAGAAAAGAAGUGAGCGAAGAUAGGGCUUUUAAAGCAGUGAGCAAUUGAGAAGACACAUCUUUAGCAUGGUUAAUAUCCUGGAAAGGUUGACCAACGUGACAAACUCUACAGAGAUGCCUUUCGGGCGACAUUGCGUACAUUCCACGCCUCCAUACGAGCUGUCAUGCAUCACGGCCGCCAUUACGGCAUUUCUAGCUCUGAUGACACUUCCAGGAAACUUACUUAUCAUUGUCGCCAUUUUUAAAGACCCAUUCAAAGAAUUAAAGACGCCUUUUAAUUACUUUGUGCUCAACCUCGCUGUCUCCGACUUGGUGGCGGCUUUGGUUAUCGAGCCUAACUUCAUAGCUUACCACGUGCUCGAGAUGAAUGGAAGGCCAAACGAAUCGUACAUCGGCAUCCUGCACGUUAGCUAUUUCAUCUGCUGUAUGGCGUCCUUUCAAAGCAUCGCCGCUUUGUCACGUGAACGAUACCUGAGUGUGAGGUCGAGGCAGAGACGGCAGUUGUCACAGAAACGCACCUUCAUUAUUACAAUCGCUAUAUGGGUCACGUCUCUCACAUUCCCAUUUAUAUACUUCGCGACGAGUUUCUACAAGUUCAGUUUAGUCUUUGCCAAUAUCUUUAUCUUGGGGACUCUCGGGAUCAUCGCGUUUGCUUAUGUACGCAUCUACCAACGUCUUCACGCAAGAGUGGCAAAUACAGUGAGAGAGGGAACACGACGGGAAACCCGACAACUUGCUCGUAAUCGCGCGUACGAGCGUAAAGCAACAAGAGCGUUUUUCUACAUUGCGGUGGUCUUUGUCGCCUGUAAUAUACCGUCAUGCAUUGCUACGUACUUGGCAAACUUCUGUGACUUAUGCAGCUGUAAUUUCAUCCAUGUCGUCAGAGAUGCUCAAUUUUUGCUAACGCUGACAAGCUGCACGGCCAAUCAGUUUCUGUACUCACUGCGCAUGCCAACAUUUAAGCGCGCCUUGAAAAGCAUUAUGGGUUGUGCAGUGAGAGACGCGAAGGUCGCGUCGACCAGCGGUCAAACACAGAGCCAAUCAAACACAGAGCCAAAGAUUAAAGCUGCUGACGGCAACAUGGCAUUGUCGUCGAGGGAAGAGCCAUGGUGUAUCAGUAUAAGUUAGAAUGACCGAUGCGCAUCAAAACUGGUUAUGAUUGCUAACUUAGUAAGCUAAGCAUUGCUGAAGGGAUAAAACAAAAGUUUACUAAUAUAUGAGUUCCUUGCUCUUUCAAGUGUUGAGCAGCGAUCACAUUUAGUUUCUUUUGGGAGAUAAAUUUUGUUAAAAUGCCAUCAAGGCAUCAGCACACAAGAAGGUGACGAGCAAUAGGUUAGAUUGAGGCCUAAGCGCAUUCUCUCUGUAAACGUGGUGAUUGAAAAUUUGACAUUAAAGCUAAACAAACACAA